AUUCGUUGUUGUGGCAGUUACCUUUGUAACUUAUCGGUAAUAAAAUAUGGACUGCGUUUUCAACGGAUCUGGCGAGGGAUGAAGACCGCUUCUGAGAUUGUGAAGAGUAAAUAUUUAUGAAAUAAUAAUGGCGAACUUGACAAGUAUUUUGUCCGAUCGGGAAACGGAGAAUUGGUUUAAGGCAUACCUUGCACUAAACAUUACAAGAUCCGGCCUGCAGGAAUUUGUUGAUAAAGAAAUUAAAAAUCUUCAUAGAAACAUAUAUCUGUCAACUCUGUCGAUGCUUCAUAUGCCAUCUACUGCGAGGUGCACAAGUUGUUUCACAGCAAAUUUACUAAAAUGUCCGACAUCAGGUGUAUGCAGUAGAAGAGGAGCACAUUCUGCUUGUAAAUCCAUGCACAAUACAACAGCCAAGCUGCCUCGGCCAUGCCCUAUGCGCUUAUGUGAUACAGUUCGUGAUGAAAUUAUACAAGGACAUCGAUAUGGGCGGCCAAGUUGGCGUAAUACAUCAGCUGAACAUUGGGCAAGCAGUCAUUGGGAAGUUGCAAAAUGCUUUAUGCCUCCAGAUGGGUAUAGUUCUGUGACUUGUGUUCAAAACACCGAUUUCAAUGGAAUUAUAAGUGUUAUGCUGAACUGUAAACAUUUUGACAACACCUUUUCAUUUCCGGUAGCCACAACACCGACAUUUGUUCCAUGUAUUUUGACAAAGGCACGUGACAUUGGUAGGCAUGUUCGUCACAGCCCUGAUUGUAAAAUAUCUGAUGCCGGCCUUCAAGCUUGUUUGACGACCCUGAUCACUUUACUUGGCGAUUCUAGACAUCUGUCACAUGAUAAUUGUGCACAAGAAGCAAUUUGGAAAAUUAUGGAGCUCAAAAAUCAGACAGAUCUACAGAUAUCUACAUUUGAGAAAAUCGCACAUGAAAUUGCGAAGGAGAUAUCUACAACAGGCGAAAUGGUACUCAAAAGUGUUUUGUCAAAAGCGGAAGAGAUAAUUCAGAAAGUAAUCAGCAAUAAAACAGAAGUGUUUAGCCGAAAUAUUGAUUAUCAAAGGACAGAACACAAACGCGGCGUGAUUUAUCCAAAUGCUACUAAAAACAAUGAUAUACAGCCCAUACAACAAACAAACAAAAGUGAUGGUGAACAACCUAAACACAGUUUGCGGGAUUCGAGCUACGAAUGCGAUGUCGAAGAUUUUCUUCGAAGGUUGAAAGAGUUUUACUGCAACACUUUUAUGUACAUGCCGAUAUCACCGUUAACCCCAAGCUGUAACAAGAAUGUUAUGGACGCCUAUGUCGAUCCGCUUAUUCACAGCAUAGAAACGAACAAGUUUGGAGAAAAAACCAAGCGUUCUCAAGUACUUCUAUACAAAGAUAUAUUUUACAACAAAGACACAAUAAAUCGUCGCAUAGUUUUACAAGGUGAAGCUGGUAUGGGUAAAUCGACGUUUGCUGCUAAAUUAGUUUUAGACUGGUGCAAUCUUAGCCAUUCGUCUUCGCCUACCGGACAAAGUACUACAUUUAAGGAUACAGAAACUUUGCGGCAAUAUAAGUUCGUUUUUCUUGUACAAUUAAGGGAUUCGUUUGAGCGUGAUAUAAUGAAGAUGAUUAAAAGUCAAAUCAUUCAUAUGAUUUAUAGAGGGGAUGAAAGAGACAAAGCUUACAUACUUAUUCAUCUCUUUUUUGAAAGAGAACGUUGUUUGGUGUUAGAAGAUGGUCUUGACGAGUGGAUUGUUAAAGAUUCAACAGUCGCAGUGUCAUUUCUAAGAUUUGCCAACCAGUCUACAGUAUUAAUUACAACACGUCCGUGGAAACUUACUGACGAACGUAUCAAAUGCUGCCAUAUCGACAAUAUAUUUGAAAUAGAAGGAAUCAGUGAUCCUUUUGAGAUGAGUCGAUUGUCGCUUUGUGGUAUGGUUGAUACAACAGAAGUGGAAUAUAAAUUGCAGCUAUUCAAAGAAUUCGUCCACACUCACGAAAUUUACGACUUAAUAUCUUCACCGGCAACACUAAGUUGUUUAUUAUGUGUUUGGAUAGACGGCUUUGAUGAGGUAAAAUCAUUGUGCGGACUGUACAGUAUUCUUAUUGAUGUCUUCAUGAAAAAAGUAAAUGGGCGUCAGGAUUAUUUUCAACAAUCUCCGGUGAGUUGCUUCAGUGUUUCGAGAUACAUAAAACCCGAAAAUGUGUUUGUUCAAGCGCUUUCAAAAGCAGCAUUUUUCAUUUUGUUUUCAUCUGAACGGGAAUCUUCACUGUAUUUUGACCAACGCACUUUGUUCAAUUACAUCUCAGAACAGGAUUUGCAUUUUGCACUGAAAAGCGGUAUUUUAUCGUCAAGACGAAAACAUGAGGUCAUACCUAGUGUACAUUUGAUGUCAUUUGUGCAUAAAAGCCUACAAGAAUUUCUAGCAGCAUUAUAUGUAGCAACGAAUGUGGCUGUGAUGGAUGACUGUGUUGGUAGGUAUUUACAAGUUUUUCCUGAUGGUCUAUUGGGAAAAUCGACGUUUUUCGUAUUUUUGUGUGGAUUAAACAUGCAAUCUGCAAAUAGAUUGUCGUGUUUAAUAGAUGAUAUACUCGAUCCUCAAUACUAUAACGCAUUCCAACGCAUCGUGAUUUCUGGCUUUAAAGAGGCAAAAGCCAACAGAAUGACUGAUAGUGAUAUAAAUCUAAAGCUAAGUCGUUUCAAUAUAGAUACCGAUUGCUUCGAAGAUUAUUGUAUCUUAAAACAACUGUGUAUCUUAAACAGCCAUGAUGUUCGCGAAUUGCGUUUAAAUGCAACGCAUACAAGGGAGAUGCAUUCAUCCAGUCAUAAGAAUGAAUCCCAUAUCGAUCUAUCUUUAUUUCAAUUAGCAUCGCUUUAUAAUAUAGAAACUUUAGUCAUUGGUGCAUCAGUGACAGUGUUACCAAAUGAGUUUACAGAGCUUCACAAGUUAAAACAUCUUACACUAAAAUGUAGAUGUGAAGGAUUAGACUUGUCAUCGUGUCGCAGUUUAGAAACGGUUGAAAUCAGUUCAAAAAUGUUAUUUCCAGCUGAUGCUCUGAAAGUGCUGUAUGAACUGAAAUCUUUAACAUUACAUUGCAUGUGUUUAGGGUUAGACUUGUCAACGAUCACCAGUUUAGAAACAAUAAAUAUCAGUGGACAAGUGGUGUUGGUACCAAAUUCACUUAGACGUCUUGACAAGCUGAAAAAUCUCACACUCAAUUGCGUGUGUGAAGGGUUAGACUUGUCAUCGUGUUACAGCCUGGAGACUAUAGAUAUCCGUGGGCAAAUGGUGAUACUACCAAAUUCACUUGGACGUCUUGAGAAGUUGAAAAAUAUCAAACUCGAUUGCGUGUAUGAAGGAUUAGACUUUUCAUCGUGUUACAGCCUGGAGACAAUAGAUAUCAGUGAGCAAGUGGUAAUACUACCAAAUUCACUUAGAUGUCUUGACAAGUUAAAAACUAUCAAACUCGAGUGUCUGUAUGAAGGGUGGUUAGACUUGUCAUCGUGUUACAGCCUGGAGACAAUAGAUAUAAGUGGACAAAUGGUAAUACUACCAAAUUCACUUAGAUGUCUUGACAAGCUGAAAACUAUCACACUCGAUUGCUUGUGUGACGGGUUAGACUUAUCAUCGUGCCACAGCCUGGAAACAAUAGAUAUCAGUGGGCAAGUGGUGUUGCUACCAAAUGCAAUUGCAGGUCUUGAUAAGCUGAAAACAAUUACUCUCGAUUGCCUGUGUGACGGGUUAGACUUGUCAGCGUGUUACACAUUAGAGACAAUAGAUAUCCGUGGGCAAGUGGUAAUACUACCAAAUGCAAUGGCAGGUCUUUACAAGCUGAAAACUAUCACACUCGAUUGCAGGUGUGACGGGUUAGACUUGGCUUCGUGUCACAGCCUUGAAACAAUAGAUAUCGGUGGGCAAGUGAUCUUGGUACCAAAUUCACUUAACGGUCUUGACAAGCUGAAGAAGAUCACGUUAGAAAGCAGAUAUGAAUGGUUUGACUUUUCAGUGUUCACCAACUUAGAUACAUUAGAACUUGGUGGUGAAGGAAACAAGAUACAUACUGCGCUGACAGGGCUAAAAAAGCUAACGAAUCUAAAACUAUUUUGCAGAUGUGAUCUGUUAGACUUUUCAACAUGUCGUUAUCUACAAUCAAUAGAUAUUCGUGGACCUAUUUGCUUAAUUCCUUAUGCAUUGGAAUUGUUUGACAUGUUGAUAUGCCUGAAACUAGAUUGUGCUUGUGAUAAAUUGGAUUUAUCGCAGUGUGUUAAUCUAGAAACAGUUCAUAUAACUGGGCAGGCGAUCAUGGUAUUAAAUCCACUGAAAGGCCUUGAAAGACUGAAGUUGCUUACCUUAAAUUGUAUGUGUGAUGGUCUGGACCUGUCAUCCUGUAUUAAUCUAGAAACUGUCGAUAUAAGUGGCAAUAUUACUCUGUUACCGAAUGGACUGCCUGUGAAAUCAAAAUUGAAAUGUUUAAUAUUAGAUUGCACCUGCAAAGAGUUGGACCUGUCAUCUUGUCAAAACCUAGAAACAAUAUCUAUCUUUGGCAAUAUCAAACUGUUACCAAAAGCACUAAGUGAGCUAAAGAAGCUGAUCAAUCUUACAAUACAUUGCAAAUGUGAUGGGUUAGAUUUGUCAUCGUUUCAACAUUUAGAAACAUUAGAUAUUGGUAGAUCAGUGACAUUGUUACCAGAAGUAGAUAGUAAGUUAUUUAAGCUGAACAUUGACAAAUAGGGUCGUAUAUAGGGGAUGCGUUACUAGUAUCGCUGACUAUGCAUGUUUGUAAAUAUGUUAGAGAGAUCAAUGCUACGCUAUAUGAAAUUUUAACUCAUGUUGUUAUACCCCCACAAUCAAGGUUUAGGGGGUAUAUAGGAGUGAGCUUGUCUGUCGGUCGGUCGGUCUGUCGGUCGGUCCGUAUUAAGUGUCCGCUCUCUAAUGCAAGUAGUUUUCAUCCGAUAUUUACCAAACUUGGUCAGAUGUUGUAUCUAGAUAAUGUCUAGGUCAAGUUAUAAUAUAGGUCAUGUCGGGUUAAAAACUAGGUCACUGAGUCACUAAGUGCGUGUUAAACAUUGAGCAUGUUGUCCGCUCUCUAAUUCAAGUAGUUUUCAUCCCAUCUUCACCAAACUUGGUCAGAUGUUGUAUCUAGAUGAUGUCUAGGUCAAGAUCGAACAUGGGUCAUGCCGGGUUUAAAACUAGGUCACUGGGUCACUAAGUGCGUUUUAAACAUAGCGCAUGGUGUCCGUUCUCUAAUUCAAGUAGUUUUCAUCCGAUCUUCACCGCACUUGGUCAGAAGUUGUAUCUAGAUGAUGUGUAGGUCAAGUUCGAACAUGGGCCAUGCCGGGUCAAAAACUAGGUCACAGGGUCACUUAGUGCAUUAACAAAAUUGAACAUGGUGUCCGCUGUUUGUUUUGAAGACAACAUGCAAACUAUUCCGUGCCAAUGCGGCAUGUGGGGGUAUUCGUCACGUCUGUGACAAAGCUCUUGUUAAAGUAGGUAUCUACGAUAUAUUUAAUUUUAAUUGAAUAUGAAGUACAUGUAUAUAUUUGCUUAGACUUGGUGGAUUGUUCCUACUUUUAUAAUCUUCUAUAUAACAUUUUUCAAAAUCUACCUCUUGAUGUCUUAUAUCUCGACUUCUCAAAUAGUUUUUUAUCUUUAUUCAUCGUUCGUCGGCGUAUGCGAAUUGUUUUUUGUAAGGUUAGCCUACAGCAAUUCUGUUAGUAUGUCACUUCAACAUUAAUUAAUAGAAUAAGUGUCUUCAUAUAUUGACACUGACCAAGGCCUAUAAUUAUAAUAUGCAUUAAAGCAGAAUUAUGUUUCUCUGUGUACUGCCCUGAUUUAAUAUGUUUAAAUCAGUGUCAAUUUCAAACAUGAUUUAAGGAUUAAACAAUAUCGUAUAGCACUAUACAUGUAGAAAGACAUAAGGGUUAAACAACACAGAAAAAAAUAGUGUAUUCUGCUUUCAGAUAUUUAUACCUAUGUUAAAAAGUAUAUUUAAAGAUAUUUAAUGGUGUGUUCAUUAAUUGAGCAGACAAUGCGCCCAGCGAGUUUAAAAAAUAUGUACCGGUAUAUUAUUUUGUGUUGUCGCGAUUAAUUCAUUAAGUUUAAUUCUAUUAUUAAAAAUAUUACAAAAGCAUCUAUAAGUGGUGUUGUUUUUAGCUCACCUGAGCACAGCGUGCUCAUGGUGUGCUUUUGUAAUCGCCUUUUUUACGUCGUCCGUUGUGUGCUGUGCGGCGUCAACAUUUGCCUUGUUAACUCUCUAGAGGCCACAUUUAUUUCCAUUCUUCGUGAAAUUGGUCAGAAGAUUGGUCUCAAUGAUAUCCUGGAUGAAUUCGAAAAUGGUUACGUUUGCUUGAAAAACAUGACUGCCAAGGGGCGGGGCAUUUUUCUUUAUAUGGCUAUAUAUGGCUAUAGUAAACUCUUGUUAACACUCUAGAGGCCACAUUUUUUGCCUGAUCUUCAUGAAACUUGGUCAGAAGAUUCAUCCUAAUUAUAUCAUGGGCGAGAUCGAAAAUGAUGCCGGUUGGUUGAAAAACAUUGCCGCCAGGGGGCGGGGCAAUUUCGUUAUUGGGCUUUAGUAAAACAUUGUUAACACUCUAGAGGCCACAUUAAUUUUCCGAUCUUCAUGAAACUUGCUCAGAAGAUUUGUCCCUAUGAUAUCUUGGAUAAGUUAUAAAAUGGUAACCUUUGCUGAAAAAACAUGGCUGCCGAUGGGCGGGGCAUUUUUCCUAAUAUGGCUUUUUAUGGCGAUAGUAAAAUCUUGUUAACACACUAGAGGCAACAUGUAUUGUCCAAGCUUCAUGAAAAUUAGUCAAAAGAUUCAUCCCAAUAGUAUGUUGGACGAGUUCGAAAAUGAUGCCGGUUGGUUGAACAACAUGGCCGCCAGGGAGCGGGGCAUUUUUACUUAUAUGUAUAGUAAAACCUUGUUAACACUCUAGAGGCCACAUUUAUUGUCCGAUCUUCAUGAAACUUGGUCAGAAGAUUUGUCAUAAUAAUAUUGGAUGAUUUCGAAAAUUGUUUUGGUUUCUUUAAAAACAUGGCUCCCAGGGGGCGGGGAAUUUUUCCCUAUAAGGCUAUAUAUGGCUUUUGUAAAACCUUGUUAACACUCUAGAGGCCACAUUUAUUGUCCAAUCUUCAUGAAAUAUGGUCAGAAGAUUUGUCUUAUUGAUAUCUUGGAUGAGUUCGAAAUAUUUACGUUUGCUUGAAAAACAUGGCUGCCACGGGGCGGGGCAUUUUUCCUUAUAUGGCUAUAGUAAAAUCUUGUUAACACACUAGAGGCCACAUUUAUAGUCCGAUCUUCAUGAAACGCGGUCAGAAGAUUCAUCCCAAUAAUAUCUUGGACGAGUUCAAAAAUGAUGCCGGUUGGUUGAAUAACAUGGCCACCACGGGGGCGAGGCAUUUUUCCUUAUAUGGCUAUUGUAAAACCUUGUUAACACUCUAGAGGUCACAUUUAUUUUCCGAUCAUCAUGAAACUUGGUAAGAAGAUUUGUCCAAUGAUAUCUUGGAUGAUUUCAAAAAUAGUUUUGGUUGCUUUAAAAACAUGGCCACCAGGGGCGGGGCAUUUUUCCUUAUAUGGCUAUGUAUGGCUAUAGUAACACCUUGUUAACACUCUCGAGGCCACAUCCAUUGUCCAAUCUUCAUGAAAUAUGGUCAGAAGAUUGGUCUCAAUGAUAUCUUGGAUGAGUUCGAAAAUAAUUAUGUCUGCUUGAAAAGCAUGGCUUCCAAUCAGCGGGGCCUUUUUGCCUUAUAUGGCUAUAAUAAAAAUCUUGUUAACACUCUAGAGGCCACAUUUACUGUCCGAUCUUCAUGAAACUUGGUCAGAAGAUUUUCCCUAAAAAUAUCUUUUUAUCUCAGGUGAGCGACUUUGGGCCUUUCAGGCCCUCUUGUUUCCUGUUUGCUUUUAAAGAUAUAAUAUUUAGCCAAUUAAAAUACGAAGUGUAUAACAUGGGCAUUGUUGGAAUCAGCUAUGGUCAAAUUGCAGAAUGAUAUAGUUGCAAAGUUUAGUUCAAUGUUUCUAACCUUUCUAACUUGUUGUUAGUAAAGAUUUGUUUUAUAUCCAUCCAACACUUGAAUAAAAUGACAAUCCCAGAAUACGUGAAUAUUCGUUUGAUUGCAUAUAACAAAACUCAAAUAAUGUUGACGAAACGAGAUUGCAUUUAUGGAGGUAUUGUUUGGUAAAAUGUGCAUGAGGUAUUUUUAUGGAGAGUUUUUUAAGUUUGAUGUCAAAAGUUAAUUUGAUUGGUUGGCUUAAGAUGAUUCUUUGGUUAAUAUCAGCGUGACAUUCCAUUUAUAAAAUAGUUUUAAACCUUCUGGUUUGUGUUUUCGUAAAAAAAGUGAUUUAUAAACUAGU